CACAUUUGCUUAUCAUGUGAUUAUUGCGCUACCUAUCAAAGCAAAAUGGAUUGAUUAUGAUCCAAAUUAUACCUACCCUCUCGAAAUUUAUUUCCCUAAUGUUGACCUCCAUAUCAGGGAAGACAGAUUAUCUCUUAAAGUUUUUAACAAGCGCCGAUGUCCCAACAAAAAACAAGCAGAUCCUCAGCUCCAUCAGAAAAUGUGGAAACACUGGGCACCCAAACCUUCACAGACAAAUGAAAAAUUCCCCCGGGAAUUCAAGUUGACCCAGCCAUUGCUUGCAAUGGAGCAAUUUGAGUAA